AUGUUCUGCAGGGAGGGUCUGAGCCCAAGGAAAAGUGAAACGCACACAAACGACCCAUCAGCCGAUGGAGGAGGCACAUCCAACCCCGACUUCUACUACAACCAGGAUGCGAUCUUCGCUCACGACUUCAUUAGAUAUUAUAGCGAUGAACAUAAUGAACCAACCAACCCGUGGAACGUCCCCUGGUUCUAG